AGCCCGGGACAGCGAAAUGAGAACGGAUCGUUCAGAGCUCCAUACUCAUCACUGCGAGGAGGAUGCUGCAGCAAGCUCUCAGAGUGUCCGGCCGAAGCGCCUUCCCCCUAGUCAAGUGGAUGGAGAGGUGGGCUGAGAGCACAACAGCCGCUGAGGGGGGCAAAACCAAGGGGCAGACGGUGAGGACGCUGGACGAGAUGCCCGGACCAUCGGUCGUCAGCUGCGCCUGGGACCUGUUCGCCAAAAGGGGGUUGUCACGGCUGCACGAGCUACAGCUGGAAGGAUUGCAAAAGUAUGGAUCCAUGUGGAAGGCGCGCUUUGGCCACAUCCUGACAGUUCAUGUUGCCGAUCCAGAACUCAUAGAGCAGGUCCUGAGGCAGGAGGGCCACCACCCAAUGCGUUCUGAACUCUCCUCCUGGAAGGACUACAGGAAGGUCCGAGGACACCACUAUGGACUCCUGACGUCUGAGGGACAGGAGUGGCAGACAGUGAGAAGUCUCUUGGGAAAGCACAUGCUGCCGCCGAAGGCUGUCGAGGCGUACGACAAGACUCUGAACAGCGUGGUCAGUGACCUCAUCACCAAACUCCGGCUUAGCAGGACUUCUCAAGGCCUCGUCCCUGACAUAUCUCAAGAGUUCUACCGCUUCGGCCUGGAGGGUAUCUCCUCAGUGUUGUUUGAAUCCAGAAUUGGUUGCCUGGAUGAGGUCGUUCCUGAAGAGACAGAGCGUUUUAUCCAGUCAAUUAACACCAUGUUUGUGAAGACGCUUCUCACUAUGGCCAUGCCCAGCUGGUUGCACCAUCUGUUUCCAAAACCCUUGAAAGUCUUUUGUCAGUGCUGGGACUACUUGUUUGACUUUGCUAAAGGUCACAUCGACCAGCGUCUGCAGGCUGAAGCAGAGAAGGUCAGCUGCGGGGAGAAGGUGGAGGGACGUUACCUCACCUACUAUUUGUCUCAGACUGGGGUGCCCAUGAAGACCGUCUACAGCAACAUCACAGAGCUGCUCCUGGCAGGGGUUGACACGAUCUCCAGCACCCUGUCCUGGUCGCUGUAUGAGCUGUCGCGUCACUCUGAGGUGCAGGCCUCACUACGGGACGAGGUGUUGAGCGUGAUGGGAGGUCGAAGAAUACCCGUUGCAGCAGAUGUGGCCCGCAUGCCUCUCCUUAAGGCCAUAGUGAAAGAAGUUCUCAGGCUGUACCCUGUCAUUCCUGCCAAUGCAAGAGUCAUCGCAAACAAAGACAUCACGAUUGGAGGAUACCAAAUACCUAAAAAUACUCUGAUCACCCUUUGCCAAUAUGCCACAUCACGGGAUCCGGCAGUGUUUCAAAAUCCGGAUAAGUUCCAGCCUCACCGAUGGCUGAGCAAGGACCCGACCUAUCACCCAUAUGCCUCUUUGCCGUUUGGGGUGGGAAAACGCAGCUGCAUAGGUCGACGUAUCGCUGAGCUGGAGCUCUACCUCGCUCUUACCAGGAUCCUCUUAGAGUUCGACGUGAAGCCAGACCCUAAGGGGAUUUCCGUGAAGCCCAUGACACGGACGCUUCUAGUUCCUGAAAAUGUCAUUAGCCUCCAGUUUAUUGAUCGAUGACCUAUUCUUCUGUUACGAGAACGUGAGCCUCUCUGCCGCAGGGAGCACCAGCAGGCGGAGUUAUCAUAGACACAGUGCAGCUGUUUGCAGGCAGCGGAUCAAGUUCAAGAGCACACCUUCAACCUUUCACACUGUUGGGGGCCAAAAAUGCUGUGUGUGUGUCACCCAGCAUGCCAAGGCUGAUAUGUGGAGAAUGACAAAUUGGUAAAAAAGAAAAAGAAAAAAAGGGGGCUAUGGCAACUCAGCACUGAGGCUUUCCACUGGGAGUGGUGUUUCUCAACCUUUAAUUGUGUUUUUUUUUCUUAUAAACUCACCAUCAUGCACUUAUUUGCACUAGAAGACUGGAGCAAACCAGUGAAAUUCCUCAGUACUUUUCAACAGACAAUCUUAAAAAUAAUUUUACUCUCGAAAUGUUGAAUUGUAUGAUAUUUGUAAACUCAAUUGAAGCUCAUGUUUUUCUGAAUCUGGAAAGCCCCUCCCCCUUAACCAGAUUAGAAACUGUGAUCUUCUGCACUCUUAACUCAGCAAUUUCAGCAAUUUCCUGUGUGUCCUGUACGUACAAAUAUUUCAUUUGAAGAGCAUUUCUGUAAAUGUUCUCCUAGUAUCCUAAGAUGCACAUGACAUUUAUCUUUAAGUAAAUAAAUCAGAGAAUUAGGAGAAUCUUAGGCUGGAACAUGGGCAUACAGUUUCUAAUAUCUCCAGCUCAUACUGAGCCACUGUUAGAGAUUUGUAUCGUGUUCAAUUUAGUGAUCAAGGUCUUUUUUUGAGUUGCUUAUGGUGAAGUUAUGUUUACUGAUUGUCUCUUUAUAAAAGGCAGCUCUUGAAAUUAUUCCUGUGUGGGAAUGCAUUUAAAAUCCCGAUCUGUCUGUUUGUCCUGAAAAUGUAUGCAACAAUUCAACAGUGCAGCCCAAUGCAAGUUUGUAAACCUACUGUAGUGCUAUUACCCAGAUUUUUAAAUGUAAAAAGCUUCAGUACCUGAGCUUUGUAUUUAUUAUAAUUUAACAUAUUUUGAAAUUGUUACUGUAAAUGUUAUUAAAAUGUUCAAGUUAAA